UUAUUUAUAAAAAUAAAUUACAAAAACAUUUAUUACAACAUGAGAAACAAUAUUAUUGUACACAAUGUAAUAAACAAUAUAAGAAUUCAUCAACGUUACGUAAACAUAUCUAUCAUACGCAUAAUAAUAAAAAGGAUAAACAAGUAUGUCAAAUAUGUGGGAAAACGGUUUUACAUAUGAAGCGACAUUUAUUGUACGCGCACAGUGAAGACAACGUAAAAUGUCCAGAAUGUUGCAAGGAAUUCCCAUCAACAUACGGCCUAAACAUUCAUAUAUGGAAAUUACAUAAAAAUUCAUCGGGACCACGUAAAAAACCAUACUUAUGUUCAACAUGCGGCUACACGUGUGAAUGUCGUGCUGCACUAAAAAUACAUUACGAGCGUAAACAUGCUGAAAUACGUGCGUACACAUGUCAAAUAUGUAGCAAAGGUUUUAAAACACGUACAGAACAUUUACGACAUGUACGAUUUACACACAAUACCGAAUCACGACCAAAUCUAAAAUGUACCAUUUGUGAGAAACAAUUUAAACGUAGAAGUGCGUUAGCAUAUCAUAUGCGUUACUCACAUACAACUGAACGUAGAUUUAAUUGUACAGGAUGUAACAAACAAUUUAAAACUAGUGGUACACUUAAGAUACAUAUGCGUAUUCAUACGGGUGAGCGACCAUAUGAAUGUAAAUUUUGUGGAAAAGCGUUUGGACAAGGGAGUACGUUGAAAACACAUAUGAAAGUACAUGCUACAGCUACCAGUGCUGCUGCCACAACAUCUACUCCAGGUGUAGCUGGUGCAACAACUAACUCAGUUCAACAAUCAAAUGUUAUGAUUGAUUCAACUACAGCUAAUUUUUUACUAAAUCAUUCAUAAAUAAAUAUUUGUAUU